GGAAUUAUUUUUGCCUUUUUGCUUCGCUUUUGCACUUUUGGGGGAUGAACAGUCUCAUGAUGGUUAGCUGUCACUGGUUCUUGAAAAUGUAGAAAAAAACACUUUUUUUCUCGUACAGCUGACUCCCAAUACAUGUUAUAUUUCCCACAUCAUAUCUCAAACACACACACACACGCACUGGAUCGAUGGAAGUGAGAAGGAAUUUCCCUUCUCAUGAAGAUGGGGAUGGCGUCGAUCAACAAGAACAAAAUCCAAGAAAAGCAAAGGGUGGACUCAUAACUAUGCCUUUCAUCAUAGCAAAUGAGGCAUUUGAGAAGGUGGCAAGCUAUGGGUUGCAGCCAAACAUGAUAUUUUACCUGAUGAAUGAGUACAAAAUGGGAGUUACAGGAGCUACCAAUUUGAUUUUUUACUGGUCUGCAGCUACAAAUUUCAUGCCACUUGUGGGGGCUUUUCUUGCUGAUUCAUUUCUGGGCCGUUUCCUCACCAUUGGCUUUGGUUCCAUCGCCAGUCUUCUGGGGAUGGUUCAGCUAUGGCUAACUGCUAUGAUUUCGCGGGCGAGGCCUCCGCCUUGUGAUCAGUUCAGACAACACUGUAAACUUGCCUCACCGGCACAAUAUAGUCUUUUGUUAUCAUCGUUUGGCCUAAUGUCGAUUGGUGCUGGUGGCGUAAGGCCUUGCUCCUUGGCAUUUGGUGCAGACCAAUUGGACAAUAAAGAAAAUCUCAACAACGAUAGAGUACUGGAGAGCUUCUUUGGCUGGUAUUAUGCUUCAGCAUCUCUUUCAGUUUUGAUUGCUUUAACGGGUGUCGUUUAUAUUCAAGAUCACAUGGGAUGGAAAGUGGGGUUUGGAGUUCCUGCAAUCUUGAUGUUUUUCUCUACUCUGCUAUUCUUCGUCGCCUCUUCAUUAUACAUCAAGCAGAAUGCCAGCAAGAGCUUGUUUGCUGGUUUUCUACAGGUAGUUGUCGUUGCUUAUAAGAACAGACGACUUGCAUUUCCCCCACAUGACUUUAAUGGUUAUCAUCGUGAGAAGUGCUCAGAGUAUACAUCUCCAACUGAAAAACUAAGGUUCUUAAACAAGGCUUGCAUCAUCAGGAAUCCUCAAGAUGUAUCUCCUACCGGAGUAUCUGUGAACCGUUGGAACCUGUGCACUAUAGAGCAGGUAGAGGAGCUAAAAGCACUCAUCAAAGUCAUCCCAUUGUGGUCGACAGGGAUAAUGGUCGCAAUAAACAUAAGCCAGAGUUCAUUUCCCGCACUUCAAGCUAGUUCCAUGAAUAGACACAUUUCUUCCAGUUUUGAAAUUCCAGCAGGAUCAUUUGGGAUGUUCACAAUCAUCACUUUAACGAUAUGGGUCGUCUUAUAUGACCGUGUAAUCAUACCUUUGACUUCUAAAAUUGCUGGCAAGAAGAUCCAUCUUGGAGUAAGACUAAGAAUGGGAGUUGGGAUCUUCUUGUCUGGCUUGGCCAUGACGGUUUCAGGUAUUGUGGAGCACAUUCGUAGAAAGAAGGUAAUCGAGCAACGAUUAGCAGACAAUCCUCAUGCAGUGGUGAACAUGUCUGCCUUGUGGCUUGUGCCUCAGAACUGCCUGACUGGUUUAGCAGAGGCAUUCAACGCCAUAGCGCAAACGGAGUUUUACUACUCAGAGUUCCCAAAGAGCAUGUCGAGUAUUGCUUCCUCAUUGUUCGGAGUGGGAAUGGCCAUAGGAAACUUGUUGGCCAGUGUUGUGUUGAGCACUGUGGACAGUGCUACUAAAAAUGGAGGGAAUGAGAGUUGGGUUUCAAGCAAUAUUAACAAGGGCCACUAUGAUUUUUACUAUUGGCUUCUUGCAGCAAUGACUUUCAUCAACUUGAUCUAUUUUCUCUGUUGUAGCUGGAUAUAUGGACCUUGUGUCGAGAGAGUUGGGAAGAGUGGAGUAGAAGGGAAUGGUUUUGAGAUGGAGAAGUUGUCUGUACCAGGGACACCAUGUUAGGAUAUUGCAACAUGCUUCUUGAUUCAUCGUAUACUCAAAAAUGCAUUGUUGCAUGUGCAAAGUUAACCUUUUCAUUUGCAGAAGUCCGAAAAAACAACCUAAAAGUCUUGUAAGUAUGCCUAUCAUUCACAAGAUACGAACAAAAUAUCUCCUGUUUCUGUUCUUCAUGUGAAAAUAAAGCAGAGAACAUGUUAUCUAAGCCCACCAAGAAUAGGGAAAUGAGAAGCAAGAAUUCAGACCACAGUACUAAAGGAACCUCGUACAGUAUGGAUAGACAACAUCAAAUGCUCUUUCAUUUUCUGUGGCAAUUCUUUGUUUUAGUUAACAAAAGAAGAGGUCUAAAUUUGUUUACAUGGUCGUUCUCUUUAAGUCGACACUUUCCCAAAACGAAACAGGAGACAAGGGACACAAUCAAAUUACUCAUUGAAGACAGAACAAUAAUCUU